AUGUUACCGGGCCCUGCUUGGAACGUCUUCACAGAACACCCGGAUCGAUUUCAGUUCAACGCUCGCCCAGGACAAGUCUUCCAGUUUACUGCUCAGGAUCUAGUCCGACAUGGUAUAGGUUCAGAAGCGAUGCAACUCUAUCCCGACCUCUUUCACGUACUGAGAAGCUAUAAGACCGUGGCCAGUCUCAAGAUAGCAUUUGCCUGUCAUCUCUCCAACUUGACUUGCUGGGAAGCCGAAAGAAAGGGUUCCAUCGGCUAUUGGGUCCAUCCAGAUACGGCCGAAAACUUGGGCACGAAGUGUGCAAACUGUACUCGUCUCCGCAAGGCCUGCUGGCUAGAUGUGCGACCUUUCGAUAAGGAUUACCCGGAAUACAUCAGUCUGAUCAACGAGAAAUCGGCCAACUGGCUGAUCAACGCCCAGCCCAUCAAAAUAGAUCAGCAACGUAAAGUCUCAUCCUACAGAGACUUCUUCGCUUGGCUCUGGCAAGAACCCUACCGUCACUACGCCAACCACCCUGACUUGAACGUACGCACCAGGUGGGCUAAGGACGCCUUGACUGCAGGAGGAUACGUCUGCGAGGUGAACGACAUUGAUCGCAAAGAGUACUACACUGCUCGCCUGCGAAAGGAAUACAGUCCCUACAUCUUUAAUCUUGCCGACGAGUUUCCCAUAACCAAACAAAAACAGUCGCACAAGCGAUUCCAAUUUCCCAAGGUACACGACGAGGACACUGACAACGACAUUGACGAUGAAAGCAAUGUGGACAAAGAGAUGGAGGACGACGAGGACGUGGAUGAAGACACCGUAGACGAGGAGGCCAAGGAGGAGGACCAGUACGAGCCCGAAACAGUCGUCGUCUCGGGGAAAAAAAGGAAAACGAUAGCGGUCGCCAUCGACCGUGGCAAUCCUGGACGACCCUCUCUCACCACACUCACCCCAGCCUGGAUUACUCAAAUGGAUCAGGCCGUGAGAAACAACAAGGACCUAACGGACGCACAGAAGGAUGGUGUCUUGGGGGAUCUUUAUUCGGCUUGGAUGACGUUUAGUCGGGCGAAUUGA